UCCCCUGCGAGCCGACGGACCUCCUGAGUUGCACGCUGUUGGCGGCAGCGGUCGCGGUCGCCUCGCCACCUGGCUUGGGCGGCGCCGAGGGCGGGGCGCCGCCCAUGGAGUUCCUGCGCUCGACGCGCUUCCGCCGCGCCUCGAGGCGGCGCCUGCUCUGCAUCUCGCGGCGGCGCCAGCGCUCCUCCUCGGUCUCGGUGGGCAGCGAGCUGGGGCGCAGCAGCGGGAGCGGCGCGGCCGGGGACGGGUCGGCGUCGUCCCCGUCGAGGGAGGAGACGGAGCAGACGGAGGCGAUGGAGGAGGACCGCGCGAGGCGCUGGCGCUUGGCCUCGGUGCCGAAGCGGCCGCCGAGGGAGAGCCCGAGGCUGAGCUCGACGUCGUCCGACUCGCCGCCAGCCGCGCCGCCCGCCGCCGCGUCCUCUGCCUGUGGCCGCGCCCCCUCGCCCCCGCCUCGGACGCCGCCGCCGCCGAAUGCGCCCAGGAAGUCCCUGGACGCCAUUCCCCUGCUCAUUCGGCCCCACCGUGAGCACCGCGGCGGAGUCGUCGCCAACCGCUGGGACGGCGUUGUCCCCUCCGACUGCGCGCCCUCCCCCGCCGUCCUCCGCCUCUCCCCGGACCUCCGCUGGGAGCAGGCGCGCGAGCCGCUCCACCAGGGCAUCGACGCCUCCAACAACCACGCCGUCGGGGUGGGGCCCGGGAUGCCGUUCGCCAACGCGCUGCUCCGCUCCGGCCGCGCGGGGGCACCCGUCGUCGCCCUCGUGCCCUGCGCCGUCGGAGGCACGCGGAUGGCCGACUGGGCCAGGGGCACCGACCUCUACGCCCAGAUGCUGCGCCGGGCGCGCGUCGCCCUCGAGACCGGCGGCCGGAUCGGGGCCCUGCUCUGGUACCAGGGGGAGAGCGACACCGUGAGGUGGUCCGACGCCAACGAGUACGGGCGCAGGAUGGGGAUGUUCGUCCGAGACAUCCACGCAGAUCUCGGCAUCCCGCACCUCCUAGUCAUCCAGGUUGGGUUAGCAUCGGGCCUCGGACACUACACUCAGCUGGUAAGGGAAGUGGCACCGAGGCAAACAACUAAGUUCAACAGACAAAGGGCAUUUGAGUCCAUUCUCAGCGCAGUUAACGACCGUUAGCACAAAAUAGGGACG